AUGAAUCGUCGCAUGUUGAGCAAAGAGGACGAGGAGGCGGCCGGCGACGAGAUCGAGGUCCGUCGCGAGGACCAGGACAAGAUCAACAGGUUCAGCCGAUUGCACCAGCGCGAACUAGGCAUCGAGGAAGAGCUCAAGAACAAGCACAAGGAGAAGGAGGAACUCGACGACUUGGAUACCGAGCUCGAGCUUGUCGAGGACGAGGAGGAGCUUGUCCAGUACAAGAUUGGCGAUUCCUUCUUCCACAUUCCCCACGAACAAGCCAAGGAGAUGCUCGGCAUCGCGGCCGCAAAACUCGAAAAGGAGAUCGAAGACCUCGAAGACAAGCUUGAGACCAUCCGCAAGGAGAUGACCGGGCUCAAGGUGGAUUUGUACGCAAGAUUUGGAAAGACAAUCAACCUCGAGACAUGA